GAAGCUAGAGAUGAUAGCAUUAUUGAAUGACCAAAUGGGCCGGCCUUAUUCAUAUUAAAACAAAGGAUCCACAGACAAAGGAGUCCAUGUAGUAUAUCCCUACCCUAGGCCUAAGGCGCUAAACGGCUGAAAAAAAGCGACGCUUCUUCCUCUAUGCGGAUUCUGUGUUCCGCUUGAUCUUCUUUUUCUGAGUUCUGAAUUCUGAUUCACGGCACAACUGGUCAACUGCACAAGGCCUCCAAGUUGAAAGUUCCAUCUGUUCUUCGGCUUCUUCCUUCUCCAUUGAAGCCGUUUCUUCCUUCGCCAUUGAAGCCUUCUCCAAUCUCCAUAAACGUAAAUUUUCAGGAAGAAAUGGUAGAUUGGUGGAUAUCUUUGGUGGGGGCAGCAGUUCCUGCAUUGGUGGCAGGUCAAGCUUUAAGAAUGAAGAACAGAAGAGCAGAAGAGCAAAGAUUGAAGAGUGCUCGAGGUCGUGAAAAAAGUUCUGAUGAUAUAUUUGUAUGUGAAAGGGUAUGCACUUCAAAAAGAAUGUUGAAAAAAGUUGGAGCGUUUUCAAAAGAUCCAAAUCCAGAUACAUGUGUCACUGUUUGUGGUGUCUCUGAACUCGAUGCUUGUGCUGAUGCAUGUGCAAGAACAGUUUGUGUCAACCAACAUCAAGUCCCGAAUUGGAAUGAUAUUUGCCUCAAAAGAUGCCAAAGUGAGUGUUUAAAGCUUUCAAACACUUCGCCUCUUUCUUCAUAACAUGUUUGUUUAUUCUGUUUUUUAUGUAUCAAACUUUGAUCACUGAGUUAUGUUUUAAAUAUGAGAUGAGAUGUUCGUUUGUU